AUGGUGGACAUAGUUGAGAUAUUUUUACAAAGGUCGGGGUGCAGUGACGACGGUGGUCAUGGCACGAUGCGUGUGGUAUUUUUUGCCUACUGCGAGUUGGCCGUAACUCUGUUCUUCGCCAUUUCGACGUACAUGUCGUUCGUCUACUCGACGGAAGAUCUAUCCAUUCGCAUGUACGGCCUCCUGUGCUUCAUCAUCGAAAUCUGCGUUUUUUCUUUAAUAGCCGUCAGGGUCUACCAUCAGUCCGAACAUCGUGAUAUGUACCAGCGUUCACGGAAAGUGGGAAUACCGGAAAACUAUAGACGGAAAAUCGUGACGGUGAUCAGAUACCACUUUAUCAUGUCCCACGUGUUCGUGGCGAUUCCCGUGUUGUACACGGUUUCGUUGGAUUGGGUGCGGAUGGGCGAUCCGUUCACGUUCCCUUUCAUGGACGUGCUGCCGAUAAAGACGACACAUGCGACUGCAGUUUACGUGUGCAAAUAUAUUGUAUACGCUGUGCCCACGUAUAUUGCACACUUGGAAAUUUGUUUCUUGAACGUGACGUUUAUGUAUUCCACGGGCGUCGUGAAGGAACAUUUUCAGAUACUCGAAGAACAGGUCCAAGAAGCGAUGGUAACCGAGGACGAAGAGAAAUUAAGGGUCGCGAUCAAACACCAUCAACAGGUGUUGAAGUUUUUUAAAGAUAUGAACACAGUAUAUAAAAAACCAAUAUUAAUAAUAAUAGAAACUUUUAUACUAUAUGUUGGCUUAUCAGUCUGUACAAUGAUUCAAGUCAUACAGGGUUUUGUUGAUCCAAUAAUAUUGGGAUUGUGUAUAGCUAGUGAUGUGGCGGGUUUCAUGACAAUUUCAAUUUAUUGCAUUUGUGCUAGCAAUAUGUAUGAUUUACACGAUGGUAUAUUGAACUCACUUUUCGAACAUAAACCAUGUUAUUCUCGAAACAAAUCAUUUAAACGACUUAUUUUAAUGAUGAUGACAAAAGCAACAAUAUCAUUAGAAUUUAGAAUAUAUUACAUUUUCACCAUAAACUUAAAUCUACUAGUCAAAGUUCUAAAAUUGACAUAUACGCUGUUUAAUGUUUUAUUUACUUCAAUCAACCACCGAUUUAAAGAAACUGCUAAAUGAAAACAAAUUUUAUCUUUAUGAAUGAUUAGUAGAUAUUAGAUGAGAUAAACAUUUAUUUUAUUUUUAAUUCUAAAAUGUUGUUUUUAAAUCAAAUUGUAUUCGUU